UAAUUUUUCUGACAUUUUUUAACUAUAAAUUUUAUAUUAUUUAUUACUUUCUUUCUUGAAUAAAAGAUAUUACUUUAUCCAGGAUAUAUAAUAUAAAAAGAGUAAUCGAUUCGUUCGAAUGCUACGUGCGUAGGUGAUUUUUAUUAUGAUUUGGAAUAAAAUAAGUGACGCCCAAAAGUGUUAAAUUUUUGCUGGUAUUCCAAGUAAGAUGAUGGGUGUUAAGAUGCUGUCACAGACGCCUGACAUUAUUCCCACGUCUCUUAACCAGCAAAAAUGUGUAAAAGCACGUGCGCUGUAUGACAACAUAGCCGAGGCACCGGAUGAAUUGGCAUUUCGUAAAGGUGAUGUCCUCACAGUUUUGGAACAAAAUACUUCAGGCUUAGAAGGAUGGUGGCUGUGCGCUCUAAGAGGCCGACAGGGAAUAUGUCCAGGGAACAGACUGAGACUAUUAGUGGGUCAGUACGACACUGGAGGAUGCCUUGGGGGCAGCAGAGCGGACCUCACCCUAGCUGAAGAUGGAUUACAACGUCAUGGAAAGCGACGGAGUUGGCACGUGCAACCAAAUAGAGUAAUUACUCCACAAAAAUGCGGAGAUGUUUAUCUGUACGACUUACCGGUUAAUAGAGCAAGUCCAGCACCUUCUUCACGACGAGAUUCUCCACUUAAUUCUACAGAUCAUCUUCAUAAUGCAAGCCGUCUAUCUUCUGGUCAGCAGAGCUCUAUCGACAGUGGAGGUGACGUAAGCGACUGUUACGACGUACCACCACGAGCAACACCUGUAAUUCCAUCUCCAGCGAGUAGUCCAAGCCCAGCACCUUCCUGCUACGAUACUCCUCGACCACCAACAUCAUGUACCCCGAAUUCAAAUUGUUCUGGUGGGUCUGGUAUGACACCCUUGGAUUGUUACGACAUUCCUCGACCACUUCAACCACUAACACCCAGCAGCUCUGCGUCCAGCCUUACUAAUGAUGGUUCACUCAGCGGCUCCAAUAGAUCUAGUAUUACCGCGCCUGAUUACGAUAUUCCACGGCCACGUCUUCCAUCAAAUUCAAAAUAUAACACGCCUAUUCACAAAAUAUCAACUACGUCUCCAUCAUCACAGAAUUUACAUCAACAACAGCGACAGCAAAUUUACGACGUACCUGUCAAUCGAGAACUUCCAUUAGAGCUGGAUUCUGCGCUGGAAGGACUGGAAAAAUUACAGAGUGAAGCUUCUGCUGCAAUCGCAAGACUACUAGGAUUUGUUAGUCCUGGAUGGAGAACAUCACAACGGCUGGAUUCAACGCUAAUGGAUUUGAGACUUGCAGCUUUGAGGCUUAGAACUUCGCUUCAUGAUUUAGCCGAAUUUGCAGAAGGUACUCUGGGGAAUGCUAGUAAAGCACCAGAUAAAGGUUUAGCUAACAAGUUUAGACCACUAGUCAAAGCUCUUCGAUAUUCUGAUAAACUUGUCAAGGAAGCUGCUUGGAAAUUGGACGCAAUAGAAUGGGACGCUGCUAAAUUGUCUCGGAAUAAUGAAACUAAAAUUUCAACUAAUAAUUCAUCGCCUUCUUUCAUUUCUUCUAUUCAUCCAGAUCCACUUGAUCAAUUGAUUGCAUGCGCACGAGUGCUCACAGAGGAUGUACGGCAAAUCGCAAGUUUUAUUCAGGGUAACUCAACGCUUUUAUUCAAAAGAUCCUCGAUCAUUUCAACCAGCACCGCUGGCAACAGCACUGAAGACGACGAUUAUGUUAAUCUCGAUUCACGUGAAACAGUUGCGAAGCAAAGAGAAGAAUUGCGUGCAACUCUGCCCCAAGAAUUACGAAGUAGUUAUGAUCUUCUUGUUUCUGAAGCUGAUAAUGCGGCUAUUCAAAUGCCACCUUCCACGCCCACACCCAUGGACCCGAAUGAUAAACAGCUGUUAGCGUUUUACGUCGCACAAGUGAUAACGCACGGUGCUCAUCUGACUCAUGCCAUUGACGCCUUUCUUCAAACUGUUGAACAUAAUCAACCGCCAAAGGUUUUCUUGGCACACGGGAAAUUCGUCGUUCUUAGCGCACACAGACUGGUACAUAUUGGUGAUACUGUACACAGAAAUGUAACUCGGAAUGAUGUAAAAACUAAAAUUCUUGAAUGUGCAAAUUCACUUAGUGAAGCACUUGCUCAGACUGUUUUGAAAACUAAACAGGCAGCUCAAUUUUUUCCAAGUGUCACCGCAGUUCAGGAGAUGGUUGAUAGUGUUGUUGAUGUAUCACAUCUAGCCAAAGAUCUUAAAGUAGCUAUGAUUCAUGCAGCACAACAACCUUAAAAAUUAUCAAAUUAUCAACAAAUUAGUUAAAUAUAAAUCGUCCUUGACAGGACCAUGGGUACAUACAAAUAAAUAGUACUCUAAAGUCAAACUUUACCUCAUCCUACUUUCGAUCCACCGGUAGUAAUUUUAGUGGCCUAAAAAUUAAUGGGUAAAUUAUACUACAGCAUACAGUACUGCCAAAGCAUAUAUGCGUAGAAUAUGAAACUUUAAAUAAAUGUUUCAUUUAUUAAAUUUUUAAUAACAUAACAAUAUUGUAAAGGCCUUUUGGAUAGAUUUAUCAAUUGAUUUUUCAUUUUUUAAAUCAGUGUGCAAGUUAACUAAACUAAAAAUUUUAGAAUUU